AUGGCUUAUCCUUACAUCAAUAAAAAGAUAAAUCUGUCUACAUCAGCAAGUCUUAAACCGCUGGGUGUUACUCUUGACCCGUCUUUAACUUUCAAAGCUCACACUUUUGCUCUCAUCAAAACAUGCAACUAUAUAAUUUGGUUAAUUUACCCCAUUCGACCUUUUUUCAUGGGCCUAGAAAUUCGAAUGAUUUGGGUUCUGUUUAGGCAUCAUCAUGUGAUAAGUGUACCCAGAGCUCCACAGAAUGUGAGAAUUUUUAACAUCACUUCUAGCUGCAUGACAUUAACAUGGGAUAUUCCAAUCACCGAUGAAGAUGGCAAAACUGACGAGGCAACUCAGUACUACAUCGAGAUGAAAGAAGACAGACAACCAAAUUUUUGCCCAAUUGCAAGAGUUAAUGGCAAAGUAAAUUUCUUUGCCUUGGAAUUUUUAUAUCAAGAUAAAAAAUACAUGUUCAGAGUCAGAGGAAAAAAUUCUGCUGGGUAUGGGGAAGCAGCCGAAAUUGAUCAUUUCGUUCAACUGAAUAAAACCUUAGGGCAGCGUGAUGGUAUAGCGGUUAAGAUUGCCUGGUGCUGUUUUAUCUCCACCACUUGGGCUGCAAUCCAGCAGAGUUUGGUGCCGGUCCAAAGUCCGGGUAAAGAAGCAAAUAAUUAUAACGGUUCGGUCGUCGCCCGGGACAACAAGGACCGCAUUGCAGCUUCGGGAACUAGGAGCUACAAUGAAAAGUUUGUUACUGAGUCCCAAAGAGGUAAAAUGAAGAUGAAAUUCACAGUUGGAAUUCGGAAUGUGAGGUCACUGUGGCAAGGUUGGAACAUAUACGAUGCUGAAAAAAGAGCUUGA